AUGUUCCCUUCUCUCCUCUUUUCUUUUUCUCUCAAACUACUCACUGCCCAAACCCACAACACACACAUUAUACUCUACCCACUUCUCUCUCUCACAUCUCGCACUGGUUUACUCUAUUGAUUCAGGGCUACAUUGAAGAAGCUGGACAUAUCUUUUCGGUAAACCCAAAAGAUACUCAUCCUGUGCAUUUGAGGGAUAAUAUCACAGUAUGAUGACCCAGAAGGCAAGAAAUGGAUCUCAAGAUGUUCCCAAGAAGGUGUCUCCUCGAGCUGCUCGGCCACUGAAGAUACCAGCGCUAGAGCCUGACUCCUCUUCAUCUCCUGUCUCAGCUAAUAGCAGAACACCAAAGGAUAAAAGCCCAAAAGUUUCAGACCGUAGGUCUCCACGCAGCCCUGUCUCCGAGAAAAAGAGGCCAAGCAGAAUAACGGAGCUUGAAUCGCUAGUCUCUCAGCUUCAAGAGGAGCUGAAGAAGGCGAAAGAUCAAGUAACAGUGUCUGAGACAGCAAAGAAGCAAGCAGAGGAAGAAACAGAAGAGUCCAAGAAAGAGCUACAAGAAGUUUCCUCUAAGCUCCAGGAGACUCAGAACCAGUCUUUGGAAGUUUCAGCCUUGGAGGAAUGUGAUUUGGAGUUUGAUGAAAGGAGAGGAUUGGCUGUUGUUGUUCAGGAGAUCAGACAACUCAAGCUUCAGAUCGAGAUGGUGGCUUCUUCUGAAGCUGGUCAUGUGAAACAGGCGGAGCUGCGUAACUCGGAGAUUCACCUUCUGAGGGGAAACUUAAUGGACACACUUUUCUUAGUCGAGAAUUUUAGGGACCAGCUUAAGGACUGUGAUGUGUCAGAGGCUGAAACCGAGGCUUUAGCCACUGAAACUCUUAGGCAACUGGAGAAUGCUAAAAAGGCAGUAGAGGAACUGAAGUCAGAUGGCGCAAAAGCAGUUGAAAGCUAUAAGAAGAUGGCUGCAGAGCUUGAACAGACAAAAGCUAGAAUGGGAUGGCUUGAAGGUGUUGUGACUAAACUUCAUGCCAAUCCAGAGGUUUUGGAAAACAAUGAAACUUUGCUUAAAGACUAUGAACAAGUAUCUUCCUUGAGAUGUGAGGUAGAGAGACUGAGAGCAGCUCUAGAAGCUUCUGAACAAAAAGACCAAGAGGGGAACGUAGAGGCUUCUUCUCGGUUAAGGAUACAAGCUGAACUCCAGUCUGAAUUGAAGAUAGCUAACUCCGAGAUAGACGAGCUAAAGGCGAGGCUGGUAGACAAGGAAACGGAACUACAGUUUGUUUCAGAGGAGAAAGAUAACCUAUACUCAAAACUGAUGAAGAGCCAGAAGGAGACAGAUGUUGAAGCUGAGCUGAAGCAACUAAGGGAGGAGAUGGAGAACCUGAAGGCGGACAUGAUGGAUAAAGAGACAGAACUCCAGAUAGUUUCAGACGAGAACGAGACGCUGAAGUCAGAUAUCCACAAGAGGGAGAGAGAUGUACAAGACGCGCUGGUGAAGUUAGGGAUUGCAAUGGAAGAGGCUGACAAGAGUAGCAAGAGAGCGGUUAGAGUCGCCGAGCAGCUAGAUGCAACUCAAGCGUCAAACUCAGAGAUGGAGACAGAACUCAGGAAGCUCAAAGUUCAGUCAAACCAAUGGAGAAAAGCUGCUGAAGCAGCUACCUCCAUGCUUUCUGCUGGAAACAAUAAUGGGAAGUUCGGUGAGAAUUGUGAUCAGACGAACUCUCCUUACCCUGAGGAUGUUGAUGAUGAAAUGGCAAAGAAGAAAAAUGGGAAUGUGCUCAAGAAGAUUGGUGUUUUGUGGAAGAAGCCUCAGAAAUAGCUGGAGAAUGACUAAUAUAAUAAUAAGAGCAACUCCUGGUGACUCUGGUAUUGAUGUUAAUUAGUAGUUUGAACUAUGUUCUGGAAGAAAAAAAACACUCGUUCAAAAGAUUUGAGCUAUGGUAAUUUUAUGUUUAAGUAA